UCUCUAUCAAAAGUAAAAUUUCCUUCAAGCCAAAACAGUAGUAGUAGAGUAAUAGUAGUAGUAGUAUGUCUUCUUCACCUCAACACUUGGCUCUGCUACUGCUAUUCUUUCUUCCAACUCUGACUCACUCUCUCUGCCGCAACUUCUGCGGCAACAUGCCCGUCAAGUACCCAUUCGGCAUCGACGACGGCUGCGGUGCGCCGCAGUUCAGCAAGAUGCUCAACUGCUCCACCGACUUGUUCUUCCAAACGCCUUCCGGCACUUACAAAGUCCAGUCCAUCGACUACGACAAAAAGACCAUGGUAAUCUACGACCCAUCCAUGUCCACGUGUUCCAUCCUCCAGCCCCACCACGACUUCGUCAUGUCGGACGUGCAGUACGCGAUAAUUCCCCCAUCCCCGGACACCGUAUUCGCUCUCCUCAACUGCUCCAUAGACUCCCCUGUUCUCAACCACUACAAGUCCCUCUGCUUCAACUUCUCCGGUCACUCCUGCGACGAGCUCUAUGGCUCAUGCACCGCGUUCCGCCUGUUCCACCUCCUGUCCAAUACGACACCGCCUUGCUGCUUUACGGGGUAUAAUACGGUGAAGUACAUGAGUAUGAAUAUACUUGAUUGUAGCCAUUACACAAGUGUGUAUGGGGUUGAUGGGUUGAAGGGGGUUGGGCCGUUGGAUUGGCUGUAUGGGAUCAAGUUGUCCUACAGUGUUCCUGAUACUGGGUGUGAUCUGUGUGCUAAGUCUGGUGGGACAUGCGGGUUUGAAGUUGAGACUCAAGGAAUGGUCUGCAUUUGCUCCAACACUCUCAAUUCUACAAGAGCAUGUGCCGCAGGUAGUGUUGCAGGAUUCACAGGGGAGAGCCAUGCACUUUCACCGUUGAUUCAAACAUUUGUUCUGCUCUUGGUGGUAGUCUAUUGUUUGAUUCCAAACGGCUAUGUGGCCUGCUUGUAGCAUCAAUUGAGGAUGAGAAGUGAUGAUUCUGUUU